CAAAGUACAGUGCUCAACCAACAGUCGCCGCUUCUUCCUCUUCCUCUAUUGCAUCAACGUCGAGCUCGAUGUCGUCGUCACCGCCAAGGGCCAGCAGGAGAGAAUCUAUAUCCUCAAGGCUAUUUAAUAGUCGCUCGCCAACGUCUGGACUCAAAUCUAUGGACAAGGAUAGAAAUAAGACUUCAACCUCGUCCACAACACCAUCAGUAGUCAUCCCACCUCCUGCGUCGUCAAGGCCUAAUCCCUCGCAGAAAUAUCUUGAAAUCGAUCUUCGAUACACCGAUGUCUCUUCAAUGGGACUAGCACUCUUACGAACCAACACCAUUGGACAAGCUAAGAAGGUCGUUGUCCGGACAAGGGAUGGCGAGAAUGAAGAGUGCGGCGAUGACGAGGAUCGAGCUGAGAUUACGCGACUGGCAGCCAAGUUUGGGGAGAAGGAUGAGACUGAGGAAAAAACGAGACGUAAUGGCAAAGGACGAACAGUAGCGGGAAUAUCGCGUUCUACACAGGGUCCGUCGACCUCGGUUCUUUUCAGUGGAGCGUACAUCAACACUUUUGCGACAGCAUCCUCCUUUCAAUCGCCUUUGUCGGUGACGCAGCAAGGAUCUGGCAGCAGAAGUAGUUCAAGCCAGCAGCCGCAGCCACCGACGAGGUCUUCAACAUUCAUGAAGCUGAAAGGUGCUUUUAAAAAAUUCUGAGGUUGACAGUUUAUACAGACGCGACUAUUCAUACAACCCUAAUCGUAUGAUGAUAUCUAUUUACG